GCUCAAGACUUCGUUGAGGAUCCAAUGGAUCCUUUAGAUGCAAUAAAUCUAGACGUGUGCCGUGGUGAAGCAGCUCGAAUGGAGGAGAAGAAAGGAAUCAUCGAAUUCAAAGUCAUUGGGAAUUCCCUCGAGCCUUUCCAAAGUCGCGAAACAAUGGUCCAUCUGCUUCAACUGCAAAGUCUCUUCUCAGUCCAGCUUCCGAAAAUGCCGAAAGAAUACAUCACUCGGCUUGUAUUUGAUGAUAGGCAUAGGAGCAUGGUACUCCUUAAGAAAGGCAAAGGCGUAAUUGGUGGCAUCUGCUUCAGGCCUUUUCCAACGCAAGGUUUCAUUGAGAUCGUGUUUUGCGCCAUCACAGCGAAUGAACAGGUGAAAGGCUAUGGUACUCAUUUGAUGAAUCAUUUGAAAGAUUAUCAAGUACAAUGCGGGAAUUAUCAUCUUUUGACUUUUGCUGACGAGUUUGCCAUCGGCUACUUCAGCAAACAAGGCUUUUCUGCGAAUGUCGAGAUGCCCAAAAAGCUCUAUCAAGGCUAUAUAAAGGAAUAUGAAGGAGCAACGCUCAUGGGCUGUCAGCUUCAUCCACAAAUGCGUUAUACGGAGUUUUCAUCGUACAUGAAAUCUGUUCGUGACAUACAUCAAGCCAUGGGAGAGGUAAAAUAUCCAAACAAAACAAGAAAAUACGGUGGAAUUGAGCAUAUAUUCCGAGCACAUGGUAGUAACACUUUCUCGUUAUUUUUUUCCUGGUUUUCUAAAAAAUUUCAUUCAGCUGGCGAGGGACUCAGAUUCAAGGAUAUCCCAGGUUUGGAAAAUUGUAGUGAUGAUGAGAGGCCAGAAAGGGAUGACGAGCUGGAGAGCAAAAUCAAGACGAUUUUGAAAAGACUCAAUGCCGAUAAAUGGGCCUGGCCAUUCUUAGCUCCAGUAGAUGCCGAAAUGGUUGGUUACCUAAGUAAUUUUCUUGCCUUUCAUCGAGAUCUUGUGCCUGAAUAUUACGACUACAUAGAGUAUCCAAUCGACCUGAAGACGAUGGGAGACCGUUUGAAAGCAAAAUACUAUGUUCAUGUGAGUUUGGACGGUUUCUGCUAUCGUAGAGUUUGAUA